AUGAUGUUGACUGUGGUUAAGGGACCUUCUACUUAUGAAGAUAUUCGCAGAGUUAGCGACAUACAAUAUGAUACUUUUAGGGAUGCAUACUUUGCAAUGGGAUUCCUUGAAGAUGACCGAGAAUACAUAGGGGCGAUUAAGGAAGCAAGUGAAUGGGGUUCGGGUCAUUUUCUCCGCAAGUUUUUCGUAGUGAUGCUUUUGUCCGGCGCUGUUAAUAGGCCUGCUCAUAUUUGGAAUGAGACAUGGACACUGUUGGCUGAUGGCCUGCUUCAUGAACAGAGACAGAUAGUUAACAAUGCAGAUUUGGUGUUGACUGAAGAACGGUUGCUGAAUUUGACAUUAACUGAGAUUGAAAAACUGCUGCAAGCAAAUCGAAGAACCCUCCACGACUAUAAACCAAUUCCAUAUCCAGACGGGUACGUUCUACAGCAGUUAGGGAACAGGCUAAUAUACGAUGAACAAAGUUAUGAUGUCUCUGCAAUGCGUACCGAAUUCACCCGCCUUUCCAAUGUUCUAACAGAUGAGCAAGGGAAAAUAUUUGAAAAAAUAAUGACCGCUGUCCAAGCUCAAAACGGUGGUGUGUUCUUUCUACAUGGUUACGGUGGAAUCGGUAAAACAUACAUGUGGAGAACGCUUGCAAGUGCAUUGAGGUCCAAGCAUGUUAUAUGUUUAACCGUUGCAACGAGUGGAAUAGCCUCUCUAUUAUUGCCUGGUGGUAGAACUGCACAUUCGAAAUUCAAAAUACCUGUCCCAACAAUGGAUAAUUCUACCUGCAAAAUCGACUAUGAUGAUGACGUUGCAGACCUUCUAAGACAGACAAAGCUAAUUAUAUGGGAUGAAGCACCCAUGGCACACAAGCAUGCUUUUGAAUCACUCGACCGAACUUUGAAGGAUGUGAUGCGUACAUACGGUAAUUCAAAGGAAAUCUUUGGUGGAAAGGUGGUCGUCUUCGGUGGUGAUUUUCGACAGAUUUUGCCCGUUGUACCCAAAGGAAGUCGUUCCGAUAUCGUACACUCUGCGAUAAAUGCUUCUUACAUAUGGUGGUCGGUUGAAGUUUUGACUUUGACACAGAACAUGCGACUGCAAUCCGGCCCAAAUGAACAUGAAAAGAAAGAAAUAGCAGACUUCUCAAAGUGGUUGUUAGACAUUGGUGAAGGAAAGGUCUCUGAGCCAAAUGACGGGUUUGCCGACAUUGAACUGCCACCAGAACUUUUGAUAACGGAUUACACCGAUCCAAUUGUAGCCAUAGUCAAUAGUACUUACCCUGAUUUCGUACAGAAUUACCAAUCUAACAACUACCUCAAAAGUCGCGCGAUACUUGCUUCUACAUUAGAAGUUGUUGAUCAAAUCAAUCGUCACGUGCUUGAUUUAAUGCCAGGUGACAUGAAGGAAUACUACAGCUCAAACACUGUGGACAGGUCCGAGAUUCAUGACACCAAUGUGGUCGACAUCCUCACACCAGAGUUUCUUAGUUCACUAACUACUUCGGGGUUACCUAACCACCACAUUUUCCUGAAGGUAGGAACGCCUGUUAUGCUUAUGCGUAACAUAGAUCAGUCGGAGGGUUUGUGUAACGGAACAAGGGUGAUGAUAACUAAGAUGGCCAACCAUGUUAUAGAGGCAAAAAUCAUGGCUGGAAAAGGUUGUGGUAAUAUGGUAUACAUACCAAGAAUGGACAUGUCUCCCUCUCAGUCCCCUUGGCCUUUCAAACUUAAACGGCGUCAAUUUCCAAUAGUUGUUUCGUAUGCAACGACGAUAAAUAAAUCUCAAGGACAAUCUCUGGAUACAGUUGGACUUUAUUUGCUGAGGGACGUAUUCACUCAUGGACAAAUCUAUGUAGCACUAUCAAGGGUCACAACGAAACAAGGAAUAAAAAUAUUUAUAUAUGAUCAAAACAACCGGCUAAAGUCGACUACGACAAACGUCGUGUACAAAGAGGUUUUCAACAACAUAUAG